AUGUACGGGCAGCAGUUUAUGUCGAAUCAAGUGUAUGGACAGCCGGGAAUGAUGCCAUAUCCAUCUGGCAUGCUUCAGUCACAAGUUGCACCUAACAUGUCCGGAACCAUGAUUCCUAACUAUGAUCCACGGCAAGUGUAUCAGGGAGCAUUUCCGCCUUCCAUGUCUGCCUCUCUGAUGGCUCCGUCGAAACAACAGUGCCAGCAGCAGUCAAUGCAACAAAACCAGCGAAACAGUGCCCAAUCUUCCCGCCCCAUGCGGUCCCGAAACAAUGAAAUUGGAGACGUCAGCAGUGUAAUCCACAUGCGAAAUGUCACACCGGAAGUGACGCAACUUAGCAUUCAAAAUUUUGCUGCUAACUUUGGCAAUAUUAAGCAUAUUGUGAUGCUCCGCCAAAUGAAUCAAGCUCUUGUGGAAAUGGAAAGCAAAAAAUCCGCACAGCAGCUGGUGGACUUUUUUAAAGACCCUGGUUAUGUCGAAGUGGAUGGUCGGCGUGUUUACAUAAGAUACAGCAAUCACCAGAGUCUCACUGCCACUCAGCAAGUCAGCCGUACACUCCUGGUAUCCAUGUUUAAUACGCAGUAUGAUGUGUCCUCAGCUGCGCAGAUUACUCCCGAAAUUGUCUACCAAAUCUUCUCGAGCUACGGUACAGUACAAAGGAUAGUAGUGCUGCCUAAAAAUGAGUCUAGCCAGUGGAACUAUAACCGUGUUCAAGCACUUGUUCAGUUCGAUAAUCGAGAAAAUGCUGAGCAUGUCAAGAAUAUUUUGCAGGGACAACCUGUUACAUUAGGUGACACUGUAACUUUCAUGUUGGAUAUUCAGUUCUCUCGUAUGGAUGAAAUUAAAACCACUAAUCCAAUGACUUCGAUUGUGGUGGAUGAGAAUGGAAUGGCACAGCGCCCACUGAUGCAGCAGCAAACACCUUCUCAGCCGCCGAAUGUGCCGGCACGAGGGGGUGGUAUAUAUGUUGGAUCAUCGGCACAACAGUGGAGUUAG